AUGGCAAACUAUUACAAUCAAACCACUGUUUACAUAAAAGUUCUUGGGGCGGGACAAACAGUGGGAAGGUCAUGCGUAAUAGUAGAGCUCGAAAACAGACGAAUUAUGUUUGAUUGCGGUUCGCAUGUAGGAUAUAAAGAUGAAAGAAAAUACCCUAACUUUAACUUAUUGGUUGGGAAUAAUAAUAUGGAAGGAGGUCCCAAAAUUGACGAAGAAAACAAUUUGAAUGUUGAAGUAAAUAUAAGUAUAGUUAAUAGCAACAUAGCUGAUAAAGAAAAAUUAAUAAAUAACUUGAAAAGAAUUAAUGAAAUAAUUGAUUGCGUAAUAAUAAGUCAUUUUCAUAUGGAUCAUAUAGGAGCUUUACCAUUUUUCACAGAAACAUUACAAUAUAAAGGGACGAUAAUUAUGAGCUAUCCAACAAAAGCUCUUAGUCCAGUUUUAUUAUUAGAUGGUUGUAAAAUAAGUGAUAUGAAAUGGGAAAAAAAAAACUUAGAAAAGCAAAUAAAAAUGCUUAAUGAAAAAUCGGAUGAUUUAUUAAAUUAUAGUAUUAAUCGUUUAAAAAAAGAUCCUUGGAAUAUUACUGAAGAAAAUAUAUAUAAUUGCAUAAAUAAAGUAGUUGGUUUGCAAGUUAAUGAAACAUAUGAAUUAGGUGAUAUAUCUAUUACACCAUAUUAUGCGGGGCAUGUUUUAGGGGCUUGUAUGUACAGAUUAGAAGUAAACAAUAUUAGUGUUAUAUAUACAGGUGACUAUAAUACUAUUCCUGACAAACACUUAGGCAGUACUAAAAUCCCUGUAUUAACACCUGAAAUAUUUAUAUCUGAAUCUACAUAUGCUUCUUAUGUUAGACCAACUAGAAAAUCGUCUGAGUUAGAAUUAUGCAACUUAGUAAAUGAAUGUGUACAUAAAGGUGGUAAAGUUUUAAUUCCUGUAUUUGCUAUUGGUAGAGCACAAGAAUUAUCUAUAUUAUUAGAAGAAUAUUGGGAAAAAAUGAAAAUAAAUUGCCCUAUAUAUUUUGGAUGCGGUUUAACAGAAAAUGCAAAUAAAUAUUACAAAAUUUACUCUUCAUGGAUUAAUAAUGAUUGUGUAUCGACUGAACUAAAAAAUUUAUUUGAUUUUUCAAAUAUUACACAAUUUUCAAAUAACUAUUUAAAUGAAAAUAGACCUAUGGUUUUAUUUGCUACACCCGGGAUGUUACAUACAGGAUUAGCAUUAAAAGCUUUCAAAGCAUGGGCUGGCAAUCCCAACAAUUUAAUAAUUUUGCCUGGUUAUUGUGUGCAAGGUACUAUUGGGCAUAAAUUAAUUAUGGGAGAGAAAAAAAUAUUAUUAGAUGGAAACACACAUAUAUAUGUUAAUUGUAAAAUAAUUUAUUUAUCCUUUUCUGCGCAUGCAGAUUCUAAUGGCAUACAACAGUUAAUAAAGCAUGUUAUGCCAAAAAAUGUUAUAUUUGUACAUGGAGAUAAAAAUGGAAUGGAAAAAUUAUCAAAACAUAUAUCUAAUCAAUAUCAUAUUAAUUCUAUAUGUCCAUAUAUGGGACAAAAUUGUCAAUUCAAUUUUUGUAAAUAUAAUAUCAAUUAUGUAUAUUUGGAUAGAAAAAUAUAUAAUAAUAUUAUUCAAAAAGUUAAAUUAAAUAAGCAAAAAACAUCAAAAGGUUUAUAUAAAAAUGCUAGACAAAUUAAAGGUGGUCAAGCUAAUAUUUUAUCAUCCAAUGGAAAUGUAAAAAUUCCCUUUAUUGCUUACAUAUUAUAUCGUUCCAUUAAUGAAAAACCAUUAUUUUUUUUUCUCUCCGAAUCAUUUUUAUUCAAAUAUUUGACGAAAAAACAUGUUCCAAUGAUUAUCUGCCGCGAUGGCAAACAAUUUGACUUUGAUUAUAUGUUUGAUACAAAAAAAAAAAAGAAAUUGAACAAAAUGCAUGAAAAAAAAGAAAAGAUAAAAAAUGGUACCGAUAUUACAAUUGAGCACUAUAACGAAGCGGAAGAAGGGGAUGAUAGCCCAAAAAACAAUAAUCCUAACGACAUUGGUGAUAAUAAUAUUUUAUUGAAAAACAAAUCUAUUAUGUUUAAUAAUUAUAUACAAUCUGAUAUUAGUAUUACAGAAAAUGAUAAAAAUAACGCUAACGAUUUAUCAUCGUCAAUUGAAGCACGAAAAAGAAAAUUUAAUGAAAUUAGUGAAACAAAUAAUUUAUCGGAAGAACAGCGUGAGCAUCUUUCUAUAAAUUCUUCAAAAAUGUUAAAAAUCGCAGGGGACGAAGAAAAAUGUAAUAAUAAUAUAAAUCAGAAAAAUGGUGAAAAUGAUCAGAAUAUUACAGGGGGAUUAAAAGGAUAUUUAAAAAGUGAAACUAACAUAAAUGAUCCGAAUAAUAACGGUUUUAAUAUAGAAAAUAUUUAUAAUGAUAAGGACAAAAAAAAGAGGCAUAUAUAUAUAAAGGAUAAAGAAAAUAUAAAUUUGCCUCUAAUAAACUUAAGAUUUAAAGAAGAAAUUAAUAUAGCUUAUCAAUCCUUCUACAAUUUCGUUAUUACAUUUUUUCAAGAAAUUGUAAAAGAUGAAAAUAAAAAUAAUAUGGGUUUUUUAGGAAAAAACAUUAUUGUUAAAAAUGUUAAAAUUGAUCAAAAUUGUUUUUUCUUUUUGUCCUUUCAUUCAUUAAGAGCAAUUCAUGAUGGAAAUAAUUCCCUAUUAAUGCAAUGGUCAUAUGUUGAUGAUGCCAAAUCUUCAGUGGUUAAGAAAUUCAUAAAUUGUGUUAUAAACUAUGCUCAAGAAGAAUAA